CUAGAUUGUGAACAACCUGGUGUGUGCUCUGUCUGUCAGUCUGAGGCUGUAAGCUUUAGUCACAGAUCGCGAGGCGUAGGGAGCUGAUUGUUCUUUCUGUCUUCAGAGGAACAAAGUAAGAGGCAGUCAUGCGCCUGAUAGGGUGCACAGUGCUGCUCUCUGUCCUGCUGCAGGCGAUGUCUAUCCCAACCGAGGAUUGGCAGAGAGCUACAUCCAUCUAUGAGUUUAACGCAACAGACAUUGAUGGGAAUUUGGUGUCCCUUGAGAAGUACAGAGGAAAUGUUGUCAUCAUCACCAACGUUGCCUCUAAAUGAGGUAAAACUCCUGUAAACUACUCUCAGUUUGCUAAGAUGCACGCCAAGUACGCUGAGAGAGGUUUACGCAUCCUUGCCUUCCCAUCCAACCAGUUUGGGAACCAGGAGCCGGGUAACGAGACUCAGAUCAAGCAGUUCGCCCAGGGCUACGAUGCUCAGUUUGACAUGUUCAGUAAGAUCGAAGUGAACGGUGAGAACGCUCACCCGCUGUGGAAGUGGAUGAAGGAGCAGCCGCACGGGAAGGGGACCUUCGGAAAUAGCAUCAAGUGGAACUUCACUAAGUUUCUGAUCAACAAGGAGGGGCAGGUGGUGAAAAGAUACGGACCCCUGGAUGAUCCAAGUGUGGUGGAGAAGGAUCUUCCCAAAUACCUUUAAUACACCCCAAUCAUUCCUCGACUACUGAUGCCAGGCUUAUCAUAUUGCAUCUCCAAUGCUUCCUUUCGUGUCUCUACCUCUCCAAGAACCGAUUCAUAUGGUUACGGUCCGUCCCAGACCAGUGACGGUCUGUUCCAAAACCCGCAUUGCGGACAGGACAGACCUGAUGAAAACGGCGUGCCAACCUUCUGGAAGGAUCUCAAAACUGAUAUGAAUCUGGUUCACUGGAGAGACAGAGACAAGGUUUCCUGUGCACAUCAAUAAUUCUCUUAAUCUAUACAAAGAGAUUCCUUUUUUUUUUUUCCUUAAUAAAUUUGCUCAGAUCCAAAUUGUA